UUUUUUAACUCGCCGCGCGUCUCUUUUGGGUUUCUCCCUCUUUUGCUUUCCUGACCUCUUUCUAUCUUCUUUCCGAGGGAUCGGUGUAGGGGUUUGGGAAAUCGAAUGUUUGGAUUAAAGGAGAAGGAAUCGAGCGGCGGUCCGGAGUGUUGAGAAGAAGGAAAAAAAAAGAAGACGGUGUUUGAGUUUUUUUUUUUUUUUUGGAUGGAAUCCGAUUCGAGGAGGUGGUAGAAGAGUAGGUUGGGGAUUCUCUGGCGUCUCUCGGCUCGGCGAUUGAGGGUUUUGAGAGAGAAGGAGCGGGGGGAGAGGAUUGUGUCGGUUGGAUUGGUGGGAAUCAUGUCGCAGAACAACUGGGAGGCUGAUAAAAUGCUGGAUGUGUAUAUUUAUGAUUAUUUAGUUAAGAGAAAUCUGCAAGCAACCGCAAAGGCCUUCCAAGCUGAAGGGAAGGUAUCUUCUGAUCCCGUUGCAAUUGAUGCUCCUGGCGGUUUUCUCUUCGAGUGGUGGUCUGUUUUUUGGGAUAUAUUUAUUGCAAGGACAAAUGAAAAGCAUUCUGAUGUCGCUGCGUCUUACAUAGAGACUCAACAUGCUAAACCAAGAGAGCAGCAGCAGCAGCAGCCGCCUCAACAGCAGCAGCAACAACAUCAACAUAUUCAAAUGCAACAAAUUCUGUUACAGAGGCAGCAGCAGCAGCAGCAGCAGCAGCAGCAGCAACAGCACCACCAGCAGCAGCAGCAGCAGCAGCAGCAGCAGCAGCAGCAGCACCACCACCACCACCACCACCACCACCAGCAGCAGCAGCAGCACCAGCACCAGCACCAGCAGCAGCAUCAGCAGCAGCAGCAGCAGCAGCAACAACAGCGUAGAGAGGGAGCUCAUCUUCUAAAUGGCACUGCAAAUGGGCUGGUUGGCAGUGAUUCUUUAAUCCGUCAGAGUCCUGGAACUGCUAAUGCCUUGGCAGCAAAAAUGUACGAGGAACGAUUGAAGUUGCCACUUCAAAGGGAUCCUAUGGAUGACACAUCUAUGAAGCAAAGAUUUGGGGAAAGUGUGGGUCAGCUAGGGGAUCCAAGCCAUGCAUCAAUGUUAAAGUCAGCUGCAACAUCUGGACAGCCUUCAGGCCAAGUUUUGCAUGGUUCAUCUGGAGGCUUAUCGGGGGCUUUGCAGCAGGUUCAGGCUAGGAACCAACAACUUCCUGGAUCAACACAGGAUAUCAAGACUGAGAUGAAUCCAGUUUUGAACCCGAGAGCUGCAGGUCCUGAUGGAUCGCUAAUUGGAAUUCCAGGGUCUAAUCAAACUGGGAACAAUUUGACUUUGAAAGGAUGGCCGCUUACAGGACUUGACCAACUCCGUUCAGGAAUUCUGCAACAGCAAAAAUCAUUUAUGCAGUCCCCGCAACCAUUUCAUCAACUUCAGUUUCUAAGUCCACACCAACAACAGUUACUUCUUCAGGCACAGCAAAAUUUGACAUCCCCGUCAGCUGGAGAUGUUGACACCAGAAGGCUACGAAUGCUUCUGAACAAUAAAAACAUGCUUCUUGGGAAGGAUGGUCAGUCAAACAAUGUUGAUGUUAUUCCAAAUGUUGGAUCUCCAAUGCAAACUCCAUGCUCUGUUAUUCCUCGUGCAGAUACAGAUAUGCUAAUCAAGAAAAUAGCUCAGCUACAGCAGCAACAGCAGCAGCAGCAGCAAAGUAAUAGCCAGCACCAGCUGCUUCAGCAGCAUGCUAUUUCAAGUCAGCAGUCACAAAAUUCAAAUCACCUUCUUCCUCAACAAGAAAAGCUCAGUACUGGCAAUGUUACAGUGGAUGGAAGCAUGUCAAGCUCCUUUAGAGGAACUGAUCAGGCUUCAAAGACUCAAGGCGGGCGCAAGCGAAAGCAGCCUGUCUCUUCCUCAGGUCCUGCCAACAGUUCAGGGACUGCAAACACUGCUGGACCCUCUCCAAGCUCAGCACCCUCAACACCAUCUACUCACACACCAGGAGACGUGAUAUCAAUGCCACAAUUGCAACAUAAUGGUGGGUCAUCUAAGCCAUUGAUUGUGUUUGGCUCUGAAGGAACUGGAACUCUAACGUCACCAUCAAACCAGCUAUGGGAUGAUAAAGAUAUUGAAUUGCAGGCUGACAUGGACCGCUUUGUGGAGGAUGGAUCUUUGGAUGAUAAUGUAGAGUCUUUUUUAUCUCAUGAUGAUGCAGACCCAAGGGAUACAGUUGGUCGCAGUAUGGAUGUCAGCAAAGGGUUUACAUUUACUGAGAUUAGAUCGGCCCGAGCAAGUACAAAUAAAGUCAUUUGUUGCCACUUCUCCUCCGAUGGAAAACUGCUUGCAACUGGAGGCCAUGAUAAGAAGGCUGUUUUGUGGCACACUGAAACUCUAAAGCCAAAGUCUACAUUGGAAGAACACUCCUUGCUGAUUACUGAUGUUCGAUUUAGCCCAAGCAUGUCUCGUCUGGCUACAUCAUCUUUUGACAAAACCGUGAGGGUCUGGGAUGCUGAUAACCCAGGCUAUUCACUUCGUACUUUUACGGGCCAUUCAGCAUCGGUUAUGUCUCUGGACUUCCACCCAAAUAAAGAAGAUCUCAUAUGCUCUUGCGAUGGUGAUGGAGAAAUACGUUAUUGGAGCAUCAAUAAUGGUAGCUGUGUUAGAGUUUUUAAGGGUGGAACAGCCCAAAUGAGAUUUCAACCUCGUCAGGGAAGGUAUCUUGCAGCCGCUGCUGACAACACUAUUUCCAUACUAGAUGUAGAGACACAGGCUUGCAGGCAAAUGCUACAGGGACACAGGAAACAUGUUGAUUCUGUGUGCUGGAAUCCUUCGGGUGAGCUUCUGGCUUCUGUUAGUGAAGACUCGGUCAGGGUGUGGUCACUUGGUUCAGGGAGUGAAGGUGAAUGUGUGCAUGAGCUGAGCUGUAAUGGGAGCAAGUUUCAUUCAUGCGUUUUCCACCCCACUUAUCCAUCUUUGCUUGUCAUUGGCUGUUACCAGUCAUUGGAGCUUUGGGACAUGGCUGAGAACAAUACCAUUACUCUUGGGGCACACGAGGGUUUGAUUGCAGCCUUGGCAGUAUCAAAUGUAACUGGAUUGGUGGCUUCAGCAAGUCAUGACAAGUUUAUCAAACUCUGGAAGUAACCUCCUACUUCAAGCAGACUCUCAGCUAUUGUUUGUAUCCAUACGAAAGCUGCGGAACUCUGAGCAAUGUCUGCUUUCUCUUGGUGCUUGUUCUUGAUUGUGGUGCGGUCCAGAUUGAGCGGAAUGUUUCCAGCCCUUGGUAACUGUGAUAUCGUUCCAGGAUCUCUUAACACCCGGUUUAGUCUAUUAUUGCGUUAUAAAUACUUAGCAUGCUCUGUACUAUGUGAGUGAUGGCUGGUGCUGCUGCUUUUAGCUGAUAUGUUUUGCUUACAGGUAGACCUGAUUGAUACUCGUACAUGUUUAUCAACACAGCAAGUCCCUUGCACUGACUCCAAGUUUUGUAUAUACCUCUUAUAAAAUAUAUGCAUCCGUUUACAGCAUC